UCUGGGAAGAUUCAUAUUUAAGGGGCAAUUAUAGCACCCACAGAGCUAACUGUACUAAAUGAUUGUGCUGAAUCAACAUCACAUAUGUAAUAAUCUAAUCAGCUGAUCUGUAUCACAUGAACUGUUAUGUGUGCCUUUAAUUAUACCAUACAUACAGUUAAUCAGAACCAUUAUUUAUUAUUAUCUGUCUAAACCAUUUAAAAUACAUUUUACAGACACGACCAGAGCACUGAGAGAUAUCAGGUAUUGAUAUAACUGGAGUGAAUAAGGGAACCUUCUUCCUGAGCACAGACAUUGGAGCCUGUUAUCAGCAUGAACUCAUAUGUGUUAGACAAUCACUUGUUGACAAUCAAUAGUUCAUAUCCAUCUUUCACUACAGGAAGCAUCAGAAUUAUACCGGAAACUCCAAAAGUCUUAGACACUAAUGAAUAUUCACAAACAUUGGGGAUAGCACAGCAGAUAUUUAAAGAAGAUGGUGAAUUGGAUGGAACUGGGCAGCAAUCAUUAUGUACUGAGAGUAAUUUAGUCAUCAAACAAGAGGACAACAUUUAUGACUUAUCUAAUGAAAUUAUUAUCCCAGAGGAUAAACCACACACAUUUACUGUGUUUUCAAAACAUAUUAAAGAAGGGAAAAGUCUACAGUCUAGCCAAAUGAUUCAUACAAAGGAGAGACCUUUCAAAUCUACAGAAUGUGAGAAAAGCUUUAGAUGGAAGUCUCAUCUACUAGAACACCAGAAGAUUCACACAGGUGAGAAACCACACAAAUGUACAGAGUGUGGAAAAAGUUUUACAGUAAAGAGUAGUCUGAAAACUCAUGAAAGUAUUCACACAGGAGAAAAGCCUUUCACAUGUACAAAGUGUGGAAAAGGAUUUACAAAUAAGGGUAAUCUGAAAACUCAUGAAAGGAUUCACACAGGAGAAAAGCCUUUUACAUGUACAGAGUGUGGAAAAGGAUUUACAGAUAAGGGUCAUCUGAAAACUCAUGAAAGGAUUCACACAGGAGAAAAGCCUUUUACAUGUACAGAGUGUGGAAAAGGGUUUACAGAUAAGGAUUAUCUAAAAACUCAUGAAAGGAUUCACACAGGAGAAAAGCCUUUUACAUGUACAGAGUGUGGAAAAGGAUUUACAAAUAAGGGUAAUCUGAAAACUCAUGAAAUGAAUCACACAGGAGAAAAGCCUUUUACAUGUACAGAGUGUGGAAAAGGAUUUACAAAUAAGGGUAAUCUGAAAACUCAUGAAAGGAUUCACACAGGAGAAAAGCCUUUCACAUGUACAGAGUGUGGAAAAAGUUUUACAGAAAUUAAAUGUCUGAAAACUCAUGAAAUGAUUCACACAGGAGAAAAGCCUUUUACAUGUACAGAGUGUGGAAAAGGUUUUACACAUAAGAGUGGUCUGAAAACUCAUGAAAGGAUUCACACAGGAGAAAAUCCUUUCAUAUGUACAGAUUGUGGAAAAGGUUUUACACAAAUAAGAAAUCUGAAAACUCAUGAAAGGAUUCACACAGGAGAAAAGCCUUUCACAUGUACAGAGUGUGGAAAAGGAUUUACAGAUAAGGGUUAUCUGAAAACUCAUGAAAGGAUUCACACAGGAGAAAAGCCUUUCACAUGUACAGAGUGUGGAAAAAGUUUUACAGAAAUUAAAUGUCUGAAAACUCAUGAAAUGAUUCACACAGGAGAAAAGCCUUUCACAUGUACAGAGUGUGGUAAAGGAUUUACAAAUAAGGGUCAUCUGAAAACUCAUGAAAGGAUUCACACAGGAGAAAAGCCUUUCACAUGUACAGAGUGUGGAAAAGGUUUUACACAUAAGAGUAGUCUGAAAACUCAUGAAAUGAUUCACACAGGAGAAAAGCCUUUUACAUGUACAGAUUGUGGAAAAGGUUUUACACAAAUAAGUAGUCUGAAAACUCAUGAAAUGAAUCACACAGGAGAAAAACCUUUCACAUGUACAGAGUGUGGAAAAGGUUUUACACAUAAGAGAAGUCUGAAAACUCAUGAAAUGAAUCACACAGGAGAAAAGCCUUUUACAUGUACAGAGUGUGGAAAAGGAUUUACAAAUAAGGGUAAUCUGAAAACUCAUGAAAGGAUUCACACAGGAGAAAAGCCUUUUACAUGUACAGAGUGUGGAAAAGGAUUUACAGAUAAGGGUCAUCUGAAAACUCAUGAAAGGAUUCACACAGGAGAAAAGCCUUUCACAUGUACAGAUUGUGGAAAAGUAUUUUUAAAAAAUUCUCAUCUAAUAGAGCACUACAAAAUUCACACAGGUGAGAAACCACACACAUGUACUGAGUGCGGCAAAUGUUUUACACAAAUGGAUAAUCUGAAAACUCAUAAAAAGAAUCACACAGGAGAAAAGCCUUUCACAUGUACAGAGUGUGGAAAAAGUUUUACACAAAAGAGUCAUCUGAAAAAUCAUAAAAAAAUUCACACAGGAGAAAAGCCUUUCACAUGUACAGAGUGUGGAAAAAGUUUUACACAAAAGAGUAAUCUAAAAACUCAUGAAAAGAUUCACACAGGAGAAAAGCCUUUCACAUGUACAGAGUGUGGAAAAAGUUUUACACAAAUAGGUGAUCUGAAAACUCAUGAAAGGAUUCACACAGGAGAAAAGCCUUUCACAUGUACAGAGUGUGGAAAUUUUUUUACACGUAUGAGUAAUCUGAAAAAACAUGAAAGGAUUCACACAGGGGAAAAGCCUUUCACAUGUACAGAGUGUGGAAAAAAUUUUACACAAAUGAAUUGUCUGAAAACUCAUGAAAUGAUUCACACAGGAGAAAAACCUUUCACAUGUACAGAGUGUGGAAAAAGUUUUACACAAAAGAGUAAUCUGAAAAAUCAUGAAAGGAUUCACACAGGAGAAAAGCCUUUCACAUGUACAGAGUGUGGAAAAAGUUUUACACAAAUGAAUUGUCUGAAAAGUCAUAAAAGGAACCACACAGGCGAAAAGCCUUUCACAUGUACAGAGUGUGGAAAAAGUUUUACAAAAAAGAGUAAUCUGAAAAUUCAUGAAAGGAUUCACACAGGAGAAAAGCCUUUCACUUGUACAGAGUGUGGAAAACGUUUUACAAAAAAGAGUAAUCUGAAAACUCAUGAAAGGGGUGGAGGAGUAGAUCAAGAUGUCGUCGAGGUAUACCACGACACAGAUAUCCAGAAGAUCUCUAAAGACAUCGUUGAUGAAGAAUUGGAAGGUGUCAUCAUGGAGAGGUCCAAGAGGUCUGCUAAGGCUCCAAGGAGGUUUGAUGAGGAGGAGGAUGCAUCUGGAAAGAAGAAGAGGACAGUUGUUACAGUAGCUGGUGAUGUUGUGGGCAUUUCUGACCCUCCUAGUGUCUCUACUCUUUCUUCUUUGACUAUCCCUGCUUCUUCCCCUGCAGUUGGAAACCAUAACAGGCUCAUGGAGGAGGUGAACAGUGGGAUGCAGGAGAGGGCGCUGUCUGGGCGCAGCGAAGGAACCUCGGUGAGCAGCGUAGCAGGGACAUCGGAGGUGGCGGCAUCUGCAGCGUCAGGGCCUGCGAACCCAGGCCAGGCGGUGAAUAUACUAAAAUACAUGGAGGUCAUUGAUGACAUCCAUGAGCGAGGGAAAGGAACAGCUUGGCGUCAAUAUGACGCCCAGUUUCGCAGAACGUUAGAGGCAAAUCCAGUCCUGACUUUUGGGAUGAAGGAGAUGGACUUAUGGUCCAAUCUUGAUCUCAUGGAAGGGACAAUAGCGGUUGCAGAGAAACCGACGGUUUCUGGGCAACAGAAUCGCACAUUUCGGAGAAAAGGGGGUAGGGAAUGCUGGCGGUUCCAGGAGAAGCUGUGUGACAGGGGUCAGGUUGCAGCUUGCAGGCGAAUAUGGGUGGUCGGACAUUCAUAUAUCCAUUGGGCGGCUAUUCGGGCUGCGUCUCAGCCGGGAGGACAGCAGUUGGGACUGCCGUCCGCGAGGGUAUCUAUUAGAUGGUUAGGCAGGAGAGGCAUGAUGUGGCGGCACUUACCUGAGCAAGUAGCAGAGGCUAGGAGAAGAUGGGGCAAGCCGCACGUCAUUCUUCUUCAUCUUGGAGGCAACGAUGUAGGGACUAUGCCUAUGGGGGAUUUGUCGGACAUAAUGGUGUCUGACAUCAAAUGGUUGCAGACUCAAUUUCAAGGGGUUACGAUCAUAUGGUCUAAGAUUGUCUCAAGGAAUGUUUGGAGACAUAUGGCCACCAGGAAAGCGGGUUUCCGGGUGAAGAGGAAGCUGAAUAGGGAUGUAGGCAGGGUAGUAUUAGCAGCAGGUGGUAAGGUGGUGUCUCAUGAGAACAUCAAAAUUGAUGAUACCUGCCCCUGCAUCAGUGUACAGCAUGGUGACUUGCGAGAUCGCACAUACCGGAGAAAUGAUGUGCAAGUGGGUGAUGUGGUUACACCAUGCUGUACACUAAUACAGGGUCAGGUCUGUGCAAGGAGCACACAGAAUGUAAAUCAUAGUCUUACUCCUCAUCUAAACUGUGCCGUAGAAAAACACUUGAAUAGUUCAUAUCCAUCAUUCACUACAGGAAGCAUCAGAAUGAUACCGCAAACUCCAAAAACCUUAGACACUUAUGACUAUUCACAAACAUUGGGGAUAUCACAAAAGAUAUUAAAAGAAGAUGGUGAAUCGUCAGUAACUGGGCAGCAAUCACUAUGUACAGAGAAUAAUUUAGUCAUUAAACAAGAGGAUAAGAUUUACGACUUAUCUAGUGAAAUGAUUAUCCCUGAGGAUAAACCACACACAUUUACUGAGUUUUCAAAACAUAGUAAAGAAGGGAAAAGUCUGCAGUCUAGCCAAAUGAUUCAUACAAAGGAGAAACCUUUCAAAUCUAUAGAAUGUGAGAAAAGCUUUAGAUGGAAGUCUCGUCUACUAGAGCACCACAAAAUUCACACAGGUGAGAAACCACACACAUGUAUUGAGUGCGGCAAAUGUUUUACACAAAUGGAUCAUCUGAAAAGUCAUGAAAAUAUUCACACAGGAGAAAAGCCUUUCACAUGUACAGAGUGUGGAAAAAGUUUUGCACAAAAGAGUAAUCUGAAAACUCAUGAAAGGAGUCACACAGGAGAAAAGCCUUUCACAUGUACAGAGUGUGGAAAAAGUUUUACACAAAAGAGUGAUCUGAAAUAUCAUGAAAGCAGUCACACGGGGGAAAAACCUUUCACAUGUACAGAGUGUGGAAAAAGUUUUACACAAAAGAGUAAUCUGAAAAGUCAUGAAAGGAUUCACACAGGGGUAAAGCCGUUCACAUGUACAGACUGUGGAAAAAGUUUUACAGACAAGAGUAAUCUGAAUAACCAUGAAAGGAUUCACACAGGGGAAAAGCCUUUCACAUGUACAGAGUGUGGAAAAAGUUUUAUAUACAAGAGUAAUCUGAAAAGUCAUGAAAGGAUUCACACAGGGGAAAAGCCGUUCACAUGUACAGAGUGUGGAAAAAGUUUUGCACACAUAAGUAGUCUGAAAUGUCAUGAAAGCAGUCACACAGGGGAAAAGCCUUUCACAUGUACAGAGUGUGGAAAAGGAUUUACACUAAAGAAAACUCUGAAAAAGCAUGAAUGGAUUCACACAGGGGAAAAGCCUUUCACAUGUACUGAGUGUGGAAAAAGUUUUACACGAAUGGGUGGUCUGAAAACUCAUGAAAUGAUUCACACAGGGGAAAAGCCGUUCACAUGUACAGGGUGUGGAAUAAGUUUUACAAUAAAGAGUAAUCUGAAAACUCAUGAAAAGAUUCACAAGGGAAGAAACCUUUCACAUGUUUAGAAAGUGGAAAAAAGGUUUUUAUUGAAAUCGGGUAUCACAAACCUCUUUACAAUUAUCCUAAAGAGGACAAACUCUCUAAAUAGAAGCAUCAAAAGAGAUGUUAUUGUAACUAAUACUUUCUAAAUCCCAGUUAUAAAAGACCCAGAUUGGAAGUGCUCUCCUGCUGUCCUUUGUUCCUCUAUAUAUGUGCACCUCAGUUUAUCUCAUAUAAAUGUGAUAGAAUCCAAACACCACACUGGAAUAUAAAAAUCUGUCCUCAUACUACCCAGCUUACACAACCAUUCACGACCAAAGCACCCCCAGUGUUGUUUAUUAAUAUGCCAGUGUAAGGAGUUGUACAUAUGAUUUACAUAGGGGAGAAAAUAAUUACAUUUACAUAAUAAAGGAGUCUUUAUAUGAAUAGAGUGUUAGAGAAUUAUAUAAACAAGAACAUCAGUCUCAAAUGAUUGACAUCUGGGAGAUAUAUUUAAUGUGCACAUUAUGUGGAUAAACCUUUUCUUAUAGCAAUAGAUGCUUAGCAUUGUACAUGUUAUAUACCAGAGGAAUUACUGAGGGGAAACUGAUUUUAUUUAAUGAGACACAAUAUCAGUAACCUGUACAUACGUGAUCAUAAUCAGUUUAAUUUAAAUGGCUACUAUAACCUAUAUGUAUACUGGGUAUGUAAUAUGUAUGUCAUGUUCUGUAACUUGAUAUUAUGCCUGUUAGAUGUUUUCAUGUUAGAAGCCACAAGAACUGAUAAUAGCACACACUGUAUAUAUAAAGGGAACAUUAUAUAUCUGAUAAAUCUCUUGGUAUCAAGAGCACAAGUGUUGGGUAUAUGUAUACCAUUGUGUGCAUAUCAUGUAAUCAUGUAUCAUGUAAUGCUGCUUUUUACUAUAAUGAUAUACAAUGUUUUUUCUAUGCAAAUAAAAACUGAUUGUAAUCCA